AUGCCUUCUACCAAGUCCAACCAAGUAACGGCCACCCAGGAUCUUGGAAUUCGCAAGACCCUGUACAAAGUUCACUGCUGCACCACCAAGCUCGUCAAGAGGUGCUGGAGUUCGCCAUCCAUCGAGAGCGGCAAGAAGAAGAACGAAACCAAAAAAGGCGGAAUGAAGAUACAGUCGGCCGAAAAGCACAUGGUCCUUAACUUCUUCUGUCUUCGGGACCCUGGCUUUGUCAGAUAUCGCAACAAAGCCCGCCGGGAGAUCGGUUCGACCAGGCUUGAUCAUGGCGAUGUUCCUCUAAAACCCGGUCCGGCACGCGCCUUAAAACACAUCUCGAAAACAAGGAACAAUGUCCUGCCAGGAUCCGUGAUUCGCAGUCCACUUGUCUCCUAUAGGGACUUGACAACUUUACACAUGAGGAACACGAGAUGA